AAAAUCAAAGUUAUUAGUAGGUCUGAAGAGGACCAGACAAAGGAGUUGAGUACAGAUGUUAGGAAGAUGCAACGUAAUUUAGAUCCUUUGGUUCAUCCAUUUGAGAGACCUCGUGAAUAUGUUAGAGCACUAAAUGCUGUAAAGUUGGACAAGGUCUUUGCCAAACCAUUCGUAGCAGCACUCACUGGUCACACCGAUGGUAUCUUCUCGAUGACUCGUCAUCCCAACCAAGUCAACUGCUUUGCAUCAGGUUCAUGCGAUGGUGUAAUCAAACUAUGGAAUCUAUCAACAUUGAAGGAGACAGCUAAUAUAUUAUCACAUAAUGGAUUCGUUAGAGGAUUGUCAUUUGCACCGAAUGGAAACAGUAUACUAUCAUGUGGAGAGGAUAAGACUGUGAAGUUGUGGGACUUGACUCCACCUGACUAUACAUGCGAGAAGAGGGAAGCGACAACAGUGUACAAAGGUCAACACUCUUUCACAUCGAUCGAUCAUCAGUUGAACUCGCUCACAUUCGCCACGUCUGGCACCGACGUCUCGAUCUGGGACCAGACGCGAUCCACACCAAUGCAGCGUCUGACAUGGGGCCACGCGUCAGUCACACGUGUUCGCUUCAAUCCCAUCGAGAACAACCUGUUGGCUGCAUGCACUAGUGAUCGCGAGGUCAUUCUGUACGACAUUCGCGCCAACUCGGCUGUUCAGAAGCUCAUCACCAAGAUGCGAUCGAACGCCACCUCUUGGAACCCUCGCAAGGCCUACGUGAUCGCCCUGGCCAACGAGGACGAGAACGCCUACCAAUACGACAUCAGGAAUCUCAAGAGAGCAAUCAGUUUGCAUCGCGACCACGUUGGCUCCGUGCUCGACAUUGACUACAGUCCGACAGGCGACGAGUUUGUCACGGGCUCCUACGACAAGACCAUCCGUAUCUUCUCGACCGACUCGUACAACAGCAGAGAGGUCUACUUCACCAAUCGUAUGCAGCACAUCUUCUCGGUGCUGUUCACCGCCGACACCAAGUUUGUCAUGUCUGGUAGUGACGACAUGAACAUUCGUAUCUGGAAGAGCAAGGCAUCAAUGCCAAUGGGUAUGAUCGCACACAGACAGAAGGAGCAACUGGAAUACAGCGACAAACUAAAGGAUAAGUUCAAGGAGAUACCAGAGAUCAAGACAAUUGCACAACAUCGAAGAGUACCAAAGGCUAUUUACAAGAAGCGUUUCUUGAAGAACGUCAUGCAUCAAGCCAAGAAGAGGAAGGAGGAGAACGUUAUCAAGCACAGCAAGGGACAGGUCAAGGAAAGGAAGAUGCUGUCAGAGCAACUUGUCACCGUCGAGAAAUAA